AUGACCGAGGCCCAAGUAAUGGAUAAGUUGCGCUCCGUGGUCUCCCCUAUAGAUCCGAAUCAGCUGUAUACCAAGAUCAAGAAGGUCGGACAAGGAGCUUCGGGAUCCGUUUAUGUUGCCAAGGUCAACGCAAUCAAGCAGAUGGAUUUGGCACACCAACCAAGGAAAGAGCUUAUUGUCAACGAGAUUCUCGUGAUGAAGGAGAGUCAGCAUCCUAAUAUUGUCAACUUUUUGGAUGCUUUCUUGAAGGGCCCGAGCGAACUAUGGGUUGUUAUGGAGUACAUGGAGGGCGGUGCCUUGACCGAUGUUAUUGACAACAAUACCUUGGAGGAGGAUCAAAUUGCCACAAUUUGCUUUGAGACCUGCAAAGGCCUAGAGCACCUCCACACACAGAACAUUAUCCACAGAGAUAUUAAGAGUGACAAUGUCCUUCUUGACGGCACCGGACACGUUAAAAUUACUGAUUUCGGGUUCUGCGCUAAAUUAACCGAGCAGAAGUCGAAGCGUGCGACAAUGGUUGGAACUCCGUACUGGAUGGCACCUGAGGUUGUUAAGCAGAAGGAGUACGAUGCUAAAGUUGACAUCUGGUCCCUCGGAAUUAUGGCGAUUGAAAUGAUCGAAUCUGAGCCUCCUUACCUUAAUGAGGAACCCUUGAAGGCUCUUUAUCUCAUUGCUACCCAUGGAACACCUACCCUCAAGAAGCCUGAGAAGUUGAGCAAGGAACUCAAAAAUUUCUUAGCGGUAUGUCUCUGUGUCGAUGUUAAGCACAGGGCUACAGCAGAAGAACUACUCAAGCACGAAUUCUUGAGAAAAGGAUGCCCGUUGGCCAGUCUUGCAGCCCUCCUGGCUUUCAAGAACGGUAAAUAAGCGGUUUGGAGUUCAAAUAGCUCUGGGGGUCAAUGUGAUCGUCUACAGUUUCCAAGCGGAGCAAAUGGAUGAAACGUGGGGGAUAGAAGUAAAGUUUCGUUUGAGCCGGCUUUGGAAAUGACGAAUGUCUUAUGCACAAGUUAGUCAUGGUCAUCUACGAUACGUUGGAUGCCUUGUGCUCUGCUUUGUGUUUUUCUGUUUUUCUCCUUAUUCUCACGUUAUGACUCGAUACCUUUCUCACUUUCCAAUUUUACCUUCCAUUUUUUUUCUUUGUAGCGAACACUAUACAGAUUAAAGAGCAGUGUUCUAUUUUCUCGAGCAUUAGCUAGGCGUGGAGCGUGACAUUGGUGUUGCGCGGUGCAUUAUACGAAUGGUGGGCUAGGGGAGCAGAGCGAUGGUAAUUCAUUCGCGAGCAUUGCCAGAACGAGGGAAGAGAACUGUCGGGACGGUGUGUCAUAUUUCUUUUCUGUUCCUACUUGUCUACUUUGGCUAUUCUUCCUUUCCCACUUCUUAUACUUUCACUUCUAUUUUUACUUUUCUUCUGCCUCCACUUCAGCUUCUGUUGAGACCAGAAUCACAUAGUGUCAUAUCGUACUAUAUCGCGAACGCAGUGUCAGGAUUUUUUUGAAAAGAUAAUGAGGUUUUCUGUCUUGUUUUGCUUUGUUUUAUUAAUUUGCUAUGGGAAUGUUUUGGUAGGGUUCUUUCUCUCCCCAAGAUUUCUUGAGGUUUCUUGGUGAAAACGGCUUUUCUUUUUCCACUUCUCUGAUACAAUUAUUUGCGAUAUGGUUCCUGGAGAAAGGUAAAAGGUGAGUAAGAGGGGGAGCCAUAAUACCGGAGUGAGGGAGCAGGCGUUUCUUUCGUUUCGAUUCAUUUCUUUGGAAGUGGUCUUAGCUGUUUGCUAUGUACCUUCCAGUUGAUUGAUUGCUUAGUUUUUCUGCUUGACGUAUUUGCAGCAGGAGGCAAUUGCUUGUCUAGCUUCUCCUUUUUUUUUUCUCAAAAGAAAGCUAUGAGUAGUAUAUUUACUUUUUUUUCUUUCUGCUUUGGUUAUGUGGAUUCUUGAUAAUAUGGAUAUCUUU